AAAAAGCCCAAACAGCGCUAUGUUUGCCACGUUCCCAACUGCAACCGCACCUUCAGCCGUCCUUAUAACCUAAAGUCCCAUGGUCUCACACACGAUGCACACCGUCCACAUGCCUGUGCGAAAUGUUCAAAGACGUUUGCGCGCAUUCACGAUCGUGACCGCCACAUGAACAGCCACAUGACCGAGAAGCCCCACGAAUGUAUUGUGUGCUUGGGCCGAUUUGGUCGACAAGAUGCAGUGAUCCGACACUUGAAG